AUGGAUCGAAUCUCACCCGCGCGCCUUGAGCGAGCCCGGUAUUAUGGCGUGGUCUAUCUGUAUGUCAUCCAGGAAUGGACUCUGGAGGAGGUUCAGCAGAGCUUCUCGGAACGUCUGCCACCAUUUAGGCUAGAUCUAUCGAUCGAUCAGUGGAAGCGUUGGUUGGAUGAGCGAGACAUAAGCAAGAACAUCAGCAAAGACGAAGUUGUCUUUGUCAAGGCGUUCAAAAACCAGUACCCUCAAUCACAAGGCCUGUGGAGCUGGCUGAUAUUCGGGGAUGACGUCCUCCUAAACAAUGUGAAACUCGAAGAGCGCUUCGCGGAAUUCGGACUUCCGGCCCUCGACGAUCAAUAUCAGAUACCGCGGGUAGUCAUGUUCAUCUAUUUACCUUUCAACUUUGCCAUGUUAGAUGACCCGAGUGUGUUCCGAAAUUUUCGGCGGCUCUUAUUUUUCACGCGGGUCCAUUUUGAAGUAUCGUUUGAGCGUCGUGUCUGGGCGGCAGAUGACCGCGGGCUCUACGCUAGGAGCGCUGAGCUACGAGCCGGACUGUCAAGGCUCAGUGACCUCCAUAAUGAAGUAGUCGCUGCACUAAAACAGUUUCGAGAGAAGAAACCUCAAGUCGCCCGUACGAUACUACGGGACGUCUUUGCAGACAAUGCGUCCAUUGUGACGACUUCGCACCAUCGUCAAAUAUCGGACGUGCUAGCCGUCCUUUUGCUGAUCAUGAGGGCCGGCUUCAAUGACAUCUAUCUUUGGUUGAUAUGGGACAUGAUUCACUUGGCACGGAGGCUUCUACCGCAGAAUGACCCUCGUAGAGUGAUGUUCGAGUUUCUAGGAACUCUCCCCAGAGGCCCAGAGUCGCAUGUCCAUUUGAGCCAUCUCUAUUUCGCCUUGGAUGCGUAUUGCCGACAUAUCUGGAUGUCAAGAAUGGGAGGCGACAACUUCAAAGCCUAUAUAUCAUACAACCAGGCUAGCUUUCCGCGGGCAGAUCCAGGGGGGUUUUACGAGUUCUUUGAGGGAAAGGAUCUCGACACAAUCACUGCCAUCCUCGCAUCGGCCGACGAGCAGCUAGGGCCAACUAGCCACGAGACAUUUCUCCUGUGGCAUUCCGCGCUCAGGUUCCUCCUCAGCAAUGGGAGGUCUGCGGAAAUGGCGACUCUAGCUCAAAGUCUCUGCCUCCGUCUACAUCCUUUUACCCAACAGUGGGACCCCACUGUGCAACGACAAUUGUACCUGGAUUCGGCUCUGUCAUAUUACCUGUUGGGACAAGCCUACGAGAGCAACGACGAGCCACUGAAUGCAUUUGUUGCGUUUGACACUGUGGUCCACGCACGGAAUCUGGUAGUCGCUGGCAACCGUAGGGAUACCACAAGGGAGGCUGCACGGGAAAGGUUGCAUGGGCUCAAUUUAUAG